AUGUCCUUCUCUAGCCUCGUUCAGGACCUCACAUUGAGGGACUCCGGCGUCCCGCGCCGCUCGCGUGGCGAGGCCGCUUCCGUCUCCACCGUCGACGACAGCCGGUCGCAUAUCUCGCGCGCCAUGUCCUACGCCAGUACCGCUGCCACCAGCGUCAGCAUCUCUGGCGAUAUCUCAUCUCAGCUGCACGGCGGUUAUUUCCAUCCUCUUGCCCGCUCGUGGCAAGCGGAGAGGCAAUUGACAAAGUCGAUGCUGAUUUACCCCCUCUUCAUUUCCGACCAAGACGACGAGGAGGUUCUUAUCCCCUCGCUUCCCGGCCAGUAUCGCCGAGGCAUCAACAAAACAAUGGCGUGGCUGGAGACUCUGGUGCGCAAGGGCCUGCGCUCCGUUAUGUUGUUCGGUGUGCCCGUGCGUCCCGGAAGUAAGGACGCUCUUGGCACCUCCGCCGACGACCCGGAGGGCCCUGUUAUCAGGAGCAUCCGCGCCAUUCGCCAGCGCUUCCCUCAGCUCUUCAUCUGUGCCGACGUCUGCCUGUGCGAGUACACCUCUCACGGCCACUGCGGCAUCCUCCGGGACGACGGCAGCUUGAACAACCAGCUUUCCGUUGACCGCAUUUCCGACGUUGCGAUUGCCUACGCCAUGGCCGGCGCCCACUGCGUCGCUCCCUCGGACAUGAACGAUGGCCGCAUUCGCGCUAUCAAGCUCAAGCUCAUUGAGGAGGGCAUUGCCCAUAAGACGGUGCUUAUGUCAUACUCGGCCAAGUUCUCCGGCUGCUUGUACGGCCCCUUCCGCGAUGCUGCGGGCUCCGCGCCGUCCUUCGGCGACCGCAAGUGCUACCAGCUGCCUCCGGGCGGCCGUGGUCUGGCUCGCCGCGCAAUCGUCCGUGACAUCAACGAGGGUGCCGACAUCAUCAUGGUCAAGCCGGCUAGUCAGUACCUCGACAUUAUCAGCGACGCGAAGGAGCUGGGCAAGGAUAUGCCUGUUGCUGCGUACCAGGUCAGCGGCGAGUUCGCCAUGAUCCACGCGGCCGCCAAGUCGGGAGUCUUCGAUCUCAAGACGAUGGCUUUUGAGUCAACAGAGGGCAUCCUCAGAGCUGGCGCCACCAUUGUCAUCAGCUACUUCACCCCCGAGUUCCUCGACUGGCUCUCCACAUAG